CGCGGCAGGUUCUUCAGUGCAGCGCGCGGUUUGGGUGGGCAAAAUUGGCGCUCUCGAUAGAACAGCUGUUUGCGUUCGCUAAUCUUUGCCGACCCGACAACGAUCGACGGACCGACCGACCGACCGCGUGGUGGCCGUGCAAGCCAAGCCAAGCCGGUCGUCGGUCAGCACCUCGCAGCGCAGUGUGGGACGCGCGUCGGGCUUGACGGUGUCACAAUAUCAGUUGUGCGUGUAAUUUACUGAUUCUGCCCGAAUAUUCGCUCGUUCGCACGCGACGACGCUGGCUGGCGGUUUAUCGCGGAACAAAUUCGCGCCGAAGUGCGUAAGUGAAUGGCUGGUAGUUAGUUGAAACGUUUCAAGUGGCGUUCGCAAAUCAGUCGUUUCAGUGAUAAAUUGGAAAUUAGAGCAUUCAUUAGUGCAUGUGAAUGACACUGUCAGCGGGACACUCACUACGCUAGUGUAAAAGGAGUGCCUGGGUAGAAAAUUUCAAACGGAACAGAAAAAGGUAAAACAUAAACAAGUAAACGGAUGUUAGAAAGCCGAUCCCAUGUCCCGGCGGAACGUGGGACGACUCCGAAGAAGAAAAGUGAAACUGUGAGAGCUGAAGUCAGUGACGCGACCGACGCGACGGCGUGCUGCUUCUCAGGUGGUGAAAAGUGUUGAAAGUGUUUAAAGCAAAAGGCGAAACGGCCACGCAACGAUCCGGCAGCGAUUAGCCACCCAGUGGGAGUGCGUGGCGAACGGAUAUGCUGGACCUGCAGCGACACAUCGAUUGUCCGCUGUGGGAAGUACUCGGAAGCCCGCUGAUACCAUGGUCCGGAAUGCGGUAUGCCUGCGUGAAGGUGCUUCACGCGUACUGUAAGGUGUUCGAUCAGCAGGAGUUGUACGAUUUGGUGUUAAGAAAAACCUGCCAGGAGUGUAAAUGUCCUCGGGAGACGCAUGCCGUUUAUCACGAACAGCUAACUUCGGUGCGGGAACGGUUAGGAUUUAAGCAUGACAGCAAUACCAGUCGAGUCGAUCCGCGUCAGAUGGGUUACACCUGGGUUCCGCCAGGCAUACUUACCUCAGCAAAGAUCCAACGAUACUUUGAUGUAAUCCCAUCGGAAAAAGUUCCUAAAAUCGGCACUCAGGGCGAACGGUUCCGGGACAAACAGCUGGCCUACCAACUGCCAAAGCAAGACUUAGCCCUAGCGUAUUGUAAGCACGUUGAGGAACCGAACCGAAGUUCGUACGAAGAUUUUGUGGCAGCACGAAACGAAAUCGCUCUGGAUAUAGGUUACGUAAAAGACACUCCAUCGGCGUGCAAAUGUGCCGGCUGUGGCGAAAUGCUAAACCAGGGCGAAAUGGCUGUGACGGCACCGAAGUUUCGGGAUCAAAUUCUGUGGCAUCCGCGAUGCUUCCAGUGUGCAACCUGUGAUGAGCUGCUAGUCGAUCUAACGUACUGCGUCCAUGACGACCAAAUCUACUGCGAGCGGCACUAUGCCGAACUGCUGAAGCCCCGCUGUAACGCCUGCGAUGAGUUAAUUUUCAGUGGGGAAUAUACCAAGGCCAUGUCGAAGGAUUGGCACUCGGGCCACUUCUGCUGCUGGCAGUGCGACGAGAGUCUGACCGGACAACGUUACGUGCUGCGUGACGAGCAUCCAUACUGCAUCAAGUGCUACGAAAAUGUGUUCGCCAACAUCUGCGAGGAGUGCAACAAGACGAUCGGCAUUGAUUCGAAGGACCUUUCAUACAAAGACAAACACUGGCACGAGGCGUGUUUCCUGUGCAACAAGUGUCGCAUUUCGCUAGUAGACAAACAGUUCGGCUCGAAGGCCGACAAGAUCUACUGCGGAAAUUGCUACGAUGCCCAGUUCGCUUCCAGAUGUGACGGUUGCGGAGAGAUUUUCCGUGCGGGAACCAAGAAGAUGGAAUACAAGACCAGACAGUGGCACGAGAAGUGCUUCUGCUGCUGCGUCUGCAAGACCGCAAUCGGAACCAAAUCGUUCAUCCCUCGAGAACAGGAGAUCUACUGUGCCGGUUGUUACGAGGAGAAAUACGCAACACGCUGCAUCAAGUGCAAGAAGAUCAUCACCAGCGGUGGUGUAACCUACAAGAACGAACCGUGGCACCGUGAGUGCUUCACCUGCAGCCACUGUCAGGUGUCGUUGGCUGGCCAACGCUUCACCAGCCGCGACGAAAAGCCGUACUGCGCCGAGUGCUUCGGGGAGCUCUUCGCCAAGAGAUGCACUUCCUGUACCAAACCAAUCACCGGCAUCGGUGGUACCCGUUUCAUCUCGUUCGAGGACCGCCACUGGCACAACGACUGCUUCAUCUGCGCCAUCUGCAAGACGUCUCUAGUCGGCCGUGGAUUCAUUACCGACGAGCAGGACGUCAUCUGUCCGGAAUGCGCCAAGCAGAAACUGAUGUAAGGCAAUACUAUACCGUUUAUUAAUCCCCUAGAAAUGCACUUCAAGUUAAUUCUUCUACACACACCUACAAUGUCUGCAAAACAAAACAAAAAAAAAAAUAAAACAAAUAUUUACACCUACACGUUAAAACUAAGAGAAACAACGAAACACAGCAAAUGAUAUUCUAAAAACCAGGAAACAAGGAAAACUAGAGCAGAGCAGAAUGCAGACAGACCAAAACGAAAAAACACACAGCAUGCCUAAGAAUAAGGAAAAGCCUUACACCAUUGUCAAGUCAAAGUGACAAAAACAUUACGGCCAUCUUGCUAAUGAGUAUUUUAAGGGGAAAUUCUAUCGUUUCUGUAAAAACAAACGAAAAUUUGAUUCUCUUGUGGUUUCGGACCACUCUUUUCUGUUUUGUGCCGUGUUAUGUUUUCUCAUCCCGGAAAGGACGCGCAAUAUUAUACUCGUUUGUCCUACGCGAAAGGUUGGGUUUGGAAAGUGUAAGAGUAUUCUACUAGAUUGAGCGAUUUUUAAUGCAAAAUAAAAUAUUUAUCUGCGAAACCAGACAGUUACUUAUGCUGUGAAUAUAUUUUCUAUAGUUUUUUUUUAGAGUCGGCUUUUUAUAUAUCCCAACAAACCAAACACUCACACGAGAUUAGCGGGAAGCGGCCAAUAUUCACAAAAGUUGCCUUCUACUAUGAACAAAUAAGAAAUACCAACACAAAACAUACAACAUACUAAAACCCAUACACAAAAAUUAGAAUACAAAAUCGAAUUCGACGAGACAAGUUUUUAACAGUUGUCCUAGUUUAUAUCGCGCUUUUAAACACACAAAAACUAAAGUAUUUAUGGAUAGGAAGAUGAAAAACAAUGCUUUAAUAUUAAUAUUAUUAAUAAAAGAAAAUCGAGAUAUACUUAACAUUUAAAAACGCUUGUCUCUCCUCCCUUUUUCUGUUCCGUGUCGUUACUCGUAAGCAAAUUGAGAAUAAACAGAAUAUCUCUUAUUAUGAUUAUGAUUAUUACUGAUUAUUAUCUACUUAGGCGGUCAACGAAGCAAAAAGAAAGAAAAUGUAUUUAAACAAAGAAAACUAGACACCUAUCAAAAAAAACUAUUUAAUAUUACAGUUACUAAACAUAACCCUAUAUAUAUUAUGCUAUUAGAAAUCAGCAGAUAAGAUAAAUAAAAGAAGAAAAAUCAAAUGUAAAUGCAUUAUUAAGGGAAAAACUGUGCAGCAGGAUCAGUUUACAAUAUUUUAACUUUGCUGUUUCCGACAGUAUUUCGUCUAACGAAUGUUUUACUGUUCAGAUUAUUAUUAUUUAUUCAUUAACAUGGACCGAUUACCAUUAAUCUUUUCUUUACGUUACACAACCAAUCAGUGCAGCAUCGCAAAUGAAAAAUACACAAGCUAAAAAAAAGUAUAGAGUACGUUUUAGACGUUUAUCACACACGCGGUGGGUACAUGGCGAAAAGAAGAAGAAGAAGAACAAGUACGUAUAUCAACAAAACAAGCGCUAAUCAUUUAUUCACAAACAUCUUUGUUAUUAUUACACUUACUAUUUUAGUGAUAGACGGGUUUUUUGAAUAAAUAAAUUAUCUC